CCAAAUUAGACAGUCUAAAGCCGGAAGUGGGAAAAACCGUAAAAUAGAGCUAUAGGUUUUAACGGAGACUUUGCCAGGCGACAUAUGUAUACGAGUUAAAGUGAGAAAUGUUCUUUCAAGCUGCUGAAAUCUUUACCCUACGCUGCUGAAUCCUCAAUCUACAUUGCAACAGAAAUGGAUGCUGAUAAUAUGAGUGAUAAAAGAGCAAGGCUACUGGCAUCGAAAAGCAGAUGGAGUGAGAUGAGUGAUGCAACUGCUACUCAGCCACUGAUCAGGGCAGAUACAGAAAACUGUAAUCAAGACAGCAUUGAUCAGUGGCAUAUUCAUGUUAUGGAUAAAGAUGCUAAACAAGGGAAUGUCCAGGAAAUUACAGCACAGCAUCUGAGGGAGACUGGCAUGUCGGAAGAUGACUUAGCACUCCUUUUGAAAGCAUCUUUAUAUGGUAAAACAUCUUUUAACACCGUGCAAGAAUUUCUUAGUUCAUAUCCAGAAAGACCUCCUCUGACCUCUGCCUGGAACAGUUUGGCAUUAGGAAUUUCAGGUCAUUCUGGACCACCAAGUGCCAUGGAUGUCCUGGCCCUUUGGCAGGAUGAUCCAGAGGAGUUACUACUGGACCUGGGCUUUGGUGUUGAGGAACCUGACAUCUCAGUGAAGAUCCCAGCGAGAUUUAUCAACCACCAGUCAAAAGCCCGCGGUAUCAACAUCCAGGUCUUCUUGAGGCCCAGCAGAACCGCAUAGAUAUUGAGAAUCCAGACGUCAAAAAUCGGUUUAGGCAGAUAGAGGUGCUCCAGCAAAUUACUACAGCCUUCAAUUCUUUGGUUGGCGGUGUCACCCCCAGUGCACAAAACUCUGUGGAAUCUCAACUCUCCGAAGAAGCCAGGGUGAGGAGGAAAAGGGUUGG